UGUGUCGCUGUCCGAUCCUAUGAAUUGCAAAGCUGGGCUGCCUUCAGGUUCUGUUGUGUUGAGCUUGUGGGACGUGGGUGCAGGGCGGCGCUGCUCUGGAUGGCCAACGCCACCUCGCUGACUCCUCUCAAGCAGCCCAUCGUCUUUGAGCUGGAGGGCUUCUUCGUGCCCCCGGGCUGCGGCUCCCUCCUCUUCGUCCUGGCUCUGCUUAACUACCUGCUGGUUCUGUUGGCGAAUGGAGCGGUGCUGUGCGUCAUCGUGCUAGACAAGAACCUGCACAGACCCAUGUUCAUCAUGAUCUGCCACCUGCUGGUUUGUGACGUGCUGCUGGCCACGUCCGUGCUGCCUCGCCUCAUGCUGCACCUCCUGACGGGGGAGAGGAGGAUGGGCUACGCCUCAGCCAUCGCUCAGGCCUUCUGCGUGCAGGCGACCGGCGUGGCCAUGCAGACGGUUCUGGCCGCCAUGGCCUAUGACAGGUACGUGGGCGUGUGCGAGCCUCUGCGCUACCACUCCAUCAUGACGUCCGCUCGCCUCCACGCCUGCUGCGCUCUGGCCUGGUGCGCGGCUGUGCUGUUCAUCGCUGUGCUGUUCGUCUUCCACAUCGACGAGCCGCUCUGUGGCAACGUCAUACGACACGUGUACUGCAGCAACAGAGCCAUCCUGAACCUGGCCUGUGGUCCCACGCCAGGAAACGACAUCUACGGUUUGUCCAUGACCUGGUGUUUGAAUACAGGAGAUUUCCUCAUCAUUGCAUUUUCCUACAUCAGAAUCCUUCACGCUUCUGUAAAACAUGGCAGAGGAGUUUGCAGGAAGGCCUUUCAGACAUGCGCCUCCCACAUUUUUGUGUAUGUGAUCUAUGAAAUUGCUACGAUGACAGCAAUUGUGAGUCAGAGGUUCCCAUCAGUUUCCCAAAACGUGAGACAGUUCAUCAGCAUCCUGUUUGUAAUCGUCCCACCGAGCAUCAAUCCCAUCAUCUACGGACUGGUCAGCAAAGAGCUGCGCACCAGCAUCAUCAAGCUCUUCACCGUCACGGCCUGUCCCACAAAAUGAUGACAUCAUCGUCAGCAUCACUGUACACAAGCAGGGAUGAAGCAAACUGUUAUUAUUGUUAGAUACAUACAUUAUUUGGUUUGAGAUGUAGAUAAAGAGAAAAUGUGGACUUAUAAUCAUGUUUAUAUGAUAUGUCACCCAUUUUAAUUUGCAUCACUUUAUGCCUCAACAACUGCCCAUUCAAAAUCAAAUCUCUUCAGACGUCUUCUCCUGGAUUCCUUGUUGACAGCUGCUCUGCGUCCGCCUUUCGUCAGGUCUAGUCUCAGCCUAUUGUCUCUAAUGUGUUUCCGCUUGUUACACAUCAAGUAUUUUAAUAAA